GGAAACAAACAUGGCGCUUCAGGACGAUAAACUGCUGUGACUUCAGAGCCGCAAAUAAAUGUAACCACAACAUAACAAGCGUCCCCAACAAAAUACGACGCGGAUCCAUCUUUCUACAGGUAAACAGGAAGCAGGAAGUGCACCUCUUCUUCUCUUAUACAUUUGCAGGUAGUGGCAGAGUGACCCUCUGCGCAUGUAAAAAAAAACUACAAUCGGAUUCAGCUGGGGCCAUGCAAACGCGGAUUGAACGCGGAUCUCUUUACUUAAAGUUCAUGUAUACAGAAGGAAUCAGAUUCAUUUAGUCCGAUUGAUUUCAAUCAGAUUGAGGAAAACUACCCAUAUAAACGGGGCUAGUGUCUCACCUGCCUCUCGUUGCUCGUUUCCCAUAUAGUCCCUGUCUUCCUCUGUUUCCUUGUUGGUUCAUUGUGUGUCGUAUGUUGUAUGUCUGCGUGUCUGUAUGCCAGUGUCUCCUUGGGAUUUUUUCCUCCCAGUGUCUUUUGUUGGAUUUUGGAUUUUGCUUCUUUGGGAUUUCUUUUGGUUGGAUUGUUUUAAAAGUAAGUUUUUGUUGCUUUUUAUUUAGUUCAUUUUGAAUGAAUCAUUUUUUGUUCUGUAUUUUGGGUCCUUCCCCCUCAUCAGUAAACAGUCGUGACAUUAGGAGGAUCAAGAAAUCAAGUUAAGCGCUAUAUUGAAAGUAAAGAAAGAAGUCACGCUGCUGAAGCUGUUUUCAUUCACUGAACCCCAAAUCUUUAUUGACCACUGCUUGCUCACAAAGAUACACGUGGAGAGGGGAAAACACACAGAUGGACAGAGGAAAGAGAGAGAGAGGCAUGUAUGACAGUCACUGUCUGUGAUGAACUUGUGACAGCUGUUACACACUGUAAUGAUUUACACUUCACCGGGCCAGUACAACAUAGACCAAACAUCCCCUUUCUAAAAUGCAGACACACACACACUCACACACAUCUACGGGCCUACUCUGUGCAUGUGUGUCACCAACAGGGUUCAACCUCAGCCUUCUUCGCCCCUGGUUACAACCUAUUCAGAUACUUUAAUUCACUCAUAUACACCUUUACAAAUGGCAAUAAUGUUCUGAUAGAUCAUUGUUGCAGCGAUACCUGUUAUGGCUUCAAUAUCUGUCUUGUGCUGACCUUGCAGCUGCGUUUACAGUGGAGUGAAAUAUGAUGAUUCCAGUAGGCGCUGAUGAUGUUGAGCACUACUCUAGCCUCUUUGAAACAGAGCAAGAUGGAUGGAUUUGUUUUCUCCCUAAUAGAUUCACAGUAACAUGUCUGAUUUGAGUGAAGUAUUUAUGCAUUCCCAGUUGUGGUUUUAUUACAGUAAGAUGUGGCUGAAAUGUGAUUGGAAGCUUGUUUUAGAGAGAGGCCCCGCCAUUGGUUAGAGUUGUUCUGUGAGCUUUUUCCGGUGCCAGAUGGACAGAAUUUAGCGAGCGCCAAACCGAGCUCUGUGCUAUGAUUGGCUAAAUGCCUGCCCAUGUGGAGAGCAUGUGAGAGAGUGCUUGUAUAGUAUGUAUGUGGAGAGAUAAGAGGUUGCUAACAGAGGGAAGAUGGAGGAAGAAUGGGCUCAUUAAAUGCUAUAGUGUUCUCCUCAUCUACCUCAGAGGAUUUGGAUGCGCAGCGAUGGCCUGCAGUCCUCACAGGAAGCGAACCGUCCUCUUUCCCUCUGCCAAUUUUUCCGCACAGGUUCCAGGCUAAUUGGAACAUUGGCAAAAAAAAGGGGAUGGAAAAUCACUCCGACCGAACACAGACCCGGUUUUUGUGUCCAGAUCUGCGGGGUCAAACGAGAGAGUGCCCACUUGAAAGGAUUUUAGGGAACUGAGCCAGGAUGCAGGCCUUGUGAGGGGUGCAGUUGAUCACGGCAAACAUCAGCUAGCUGGCAAACUCACAACAAACACCUACACCUGACACGAUCAUCAGGCUGAAAUAAACGAACCGAUAGAAAACAUGAAAAUGAACAAAUCAUUACAUCCAUGUAUAUGCAAGGAGAAGGAACUUAUAUAGAAAAAUGGCACACUGCAAUCAAUACUUUUGCUGCUUGUAUCAUACUGUAUAUAACAAAAAAAGAAGUAUUUACAAAAACCAAUACCCACUAUCGCUUGUCAAUUUGAUUUUUUCUUUUCUUGUCAUUUGAAACGGAGCAAAAACAUUCUCUUUUGGAAGAGUGGGUGGGAGACAUUAAUUUUUCUUUUCUUUUUUUAAAAUUAUUUUUGCUUUUUUUUCCCACCCCCAGUCCCUUUUUGAACCUCCCACUGUCUUGGGAUGGCAUCUCAGGCGGUGGUGGUUUCAUAGUAGUAUGGGGGAGUAUGGCGAAGGGGUGGAGAGGUGGGGAUAUGUUGGACAAGGUGGGUAGGAGGGGUGUCCCUCAGGGUCGGGAGGUGGCGGUGGGCUGGUGGGCGGGGUUUGGGGGUGGGAUGUGAGACCUGUUGGGGCUUCUCACGCUGUCACUUCUUCUCUCAACUCCUUGUUCCUGCGCACUUCCUGCGCGUGCUUCUCCUGAGGAAAACACAAACACAGAUUGAUGAUGGUUUUUUUCGCUCUGCUGCCAGCGCUUUCACGACAUUUGUUUCUCGCUGCCUCGAACAUUUGUCUUAUUUGACCUUUGCCAUGACAGCCCACUUAAUUUUUCUUCUCUGCUUCCAGCCCUUCUCCCUCCCACUCACAUUUUUCUUUAUCUUCUACCCUCUAAGCACAAGAUCGUACCUCUGUCAACCUUUUCUACACUCUCUUUUCACAGAGGUUCAGCAGGUGUACCAGCCAUUGUCAGUCUUUUUUCAAUCCUGCAUAAACCUUAUUCUGUCUUUUUUUCUUGUCACAGCAGCACUGCUUUACCUUAGAAGAAAAGUAUUUAACUGGUAGACUUAACAGAUUAUUAAUCUAAGUCAGUUGCACCAUAAAAGCGUACUCUUUUGUAGCUUUUAUAGCUGUACAAAGUUAUUACAUCUCGAGGUGCAUGCAGUGAGUGUUUUGUAGCCGACUGAAUCAGCCCAUCAGUCUAUGUUGGCAUGGUAACUAAAGAAAUGCUGACUCAUGUGGCCUUAAAAUACAGUUUUAUAUGAAUAGAAAGAAUUUGAAGUUGAAUUUCACAAGUCAUACUUUUGCACAGCAAAUUACAAAGCAUUACACUUGGGGAUGAGUAAAAUUGAAGCUUUAAAUGCUGCAGAAAUGUCAAGGUUUAAAAGUAAGGGCCAGAGACUGUAUGAUAAAACAGAUGACGCAACAGAUCUCUAAAAGUGAAGCCAAAACAUUGGCGAGGUGAUGUGGGUUUAUAACUGACAGCUCUGUUGACAAAUGCAGCUGCAGCAAUGAGCAAUGAAGGGUGACCAUACAUCCUCUUUCACCCAGAUAUGUCCUCUCUUUGGGGGGGCUGUCCGGCUUUGUCUGGGGAAUUUUAUAAAAUCCUUCAAAUGUCUGCGGUUUUGUAUGUUAGUUUCGAUUUUGUAUCACAAGGACUUAGAGAGUUAUAAGUGACUUUGUAGGAUUCUGUGACUCCGCCCCUGCUUAGUCGUGUCCUCUUGUUGGGAAGUCAAAAUAUGUACAUGCAAGAAAUGUUCUGUUGUGGACUAUUAUUAGUAAAUCAAAUGUGCGUUGUGGUCAGCAGAGAUGGCAGCACAUCAGAGGCCAGAUAAUCUCUAUGCAUGUCUUGGUCUAUAACAUGUUUAAUCAAAUUAGUCAUAACGAAGUGUUAGGAAAGACUUGAAAGUACAUUUUACAACAUUUUACAUUAGUGUUGUAAAAAAAACUGUUGCUUAUCAUUUCAGGAUUUAGUCUACCAACAAAGAAAUUUAAUAUAAAUAUGGUUUGGCCAGAAUUUUUAAAUAACCUGCAGUUUGGAGGAGGCUUGGAAAACCGUAUUUGGACAUUAUCUACUAUUCUGCAUUAUUACGCUGUUUUACACAGACAACAGAAUAAACAAAAGGUUCAAAGUCAAACUAAAUUUUUUUCAUGGGUUUAUGACUUCAGCAUGGCUAAAUUCCUGGCUUCUCACCCUCUCCUGCAGGCGCUCCAUCAUGGCUGCCAGGUAAGCCAGCCGGUUCUCCUCAUUUUGCUCCAUCUUCAGCUGGAGCUUCUCCUCGGCCAUGCGGCUGAAGUUGCUGUUCUCCUCCAUGGCCCUCAGCAGGACAUCACGCUCAUGCUCCCGUUUCUCAGCCAGGACCUGGAGCACCUGUGCCUCCUGGGACUGCACAAAAGAAGGAGGAGACCAGCAGCAGAGAAAAUGAGUCAGGAAGCGGGGGUCGAUAGUGAGACACUGAUUUACGAAAAACCAGUCAUUGAUUUUCUUGGAAAUUAAGCACGAGUCAGCGAAGCUGCAAUUAAUCAGAUCAAUACACUAAUGAUAAACACAAAAAUGUCCAAGGAUUUCACCUCUUGACAUCUUCAUCGUGUCCUUAUAUUUUCUAAAAUUCAUUAAAUUCUUUGUUUCUUUAACUGACAGUGUUGGACAUAUAGUAAGUAAAAAUUCAGACAAACUCAAUCAUUGAUUUUGGGAUUGAUUGGUUGGUGGGCUUCUGGAUUUGUCAGCUGUCUCACACUGACUUUACCGACACUCAAAUCAAUGAGUUGCAGGCUUUGGCCAGUGUCAGAGUGGAUUUUUACCCACAAUUUGCUGCCUUGUAGUGAUGUACAAUUAACUUGACAACCAGAAAUCAAAUUACACAAAUAUUACGGUAAAGAACUAUCACUAUAUUACUGAUGUUGUGUAGAAGGGAGUACACAUUAAGCUACCUUUGGCUCCUGCCUUUAAUUUAAGCAAAGUGAUUCAUGGCAGCUGUGUGUUUUGACAGUGAUUGGAAGCAUCCUUACUCUCCUCCGGUCCUCAGCUGCCUCCAGUUUCUUCUGGAUGUCCUCCAGGGAGAGGUCCCUCUUCGGGGGGCUGGUGACGCAAUGGCCGCCAUCGGACACGGGUGAGGUCGGCUUCAGGAUCACCUCAAAGGCCUGGCCCGAGGCUCGCUUGUUAAUGGGCUUGAUGUCCAGGUCUGCAUGUACAUUUACAAGAAAGACAGACGUAUAUAAAAGCCUUUGCUGCAUGAAGCUAAUUUGAUUAGGUAGAAAAUAAAUAAAUAAUUAAAUAUGUGAUUACCUUCAAAGUCCCCCAUGAUGUUCUUACGGCUCUCAGGGUAGAGACAGGAGCAGAUGAGGGAGAGAACUGAGAUCUCCUUCAUCUUCUCUUUGUAAGCUGUGAAAAGAAACCAAGGCUUCAUAAACUGAGCACUCACACGUGCUUACAGAAAACAUGUUAUUAACCUACUAACACACAAAUGAUUCAACAUCUUGAACCCACUCCUUUAUUAGUAAUUCUUCAUCUGAUCCCCCGCAAUGAAUCCAUCAAAGGCAGUGCUUCGCUUUGUGUUUCUGAGCCACUCUGCAGCCUUUGUUUUCACAGACAGGGGAGCAGGAUGGAUACAUCCUUGCUUGGCCUAAUUUUCCCAACAGCCGAGAUGCUGCUGUCCCUGCAGGAUUCUCCACACAUCAUUAGCUAUGCAUUUCAUUUUGGUCUAUUAUUUAUUAACGUUGCCAGGCCAACGCCCAUCUUUUCCUCUCUGUGGUUCUCUGGUUAACACCAGAAAACAAACAAGAUUUGUUCUGCUUUUUAGAGAAUUUUAGAAAGCAAAGACGUCAGGAUUAAUGGCAGAUUUUUGGAUAAUCUCCGGUUUAUUUCUUCUCUUUGUUGUUUCUAGUUUGUGGAAAGAAACUAGCAGCCAAGGUUUAGCUUACGCACAACACAGUAAAGUUACUUUCCUUUUACAUCAUCCAGAAAAUAAACAACACUAACUCACAACCUGCAUUGGACAAAGCCUGCAAAAGGCAGACAGUGAAAAAAAAAAAACAGCAAAGAAAAGAACAACCAACCUUGUCUAACCUUGUUUUUUUAAAUAUUCCUGUGUUUUUGGCACCUGCUACUUUGUAAUACGAGCCCAGAGUUCAGCAGCAGUCCCUGCAGGGAGAACGGCAAAAAUAUCUGCAACUCACUGCAGGUAGUGAAUUAUUCUGCUUGUGCCCUGAGUGCUCUGUACUGAAAAGGUGCAUUGCCUCUGAGUGAAGAUUUGCAUGGCGGCUGUCAUAUUACAGCACAAUCCAUCACCUCGAUCACAUGCCUGUGGGGCUGAAAUGUGCCACGUUGAUUCAUGAUUUGCAGCGGGCUACAGUGGCAAAGCCAGAAAUGAGAUUUAGUGUAGAGGAGCUUCUCUCUCUGAGCUGGGGUUCAGAGUACAGUAUGAUUAAUCCAAAUCCUCCCCCGUACUCAUUUUCCCUUCACUCGUCUUUUCUUUCUCUCUCUCUGUGUCUGCCCUGCAGACUGGCAGACGCCGUGGUAAUGUGAUCAACUCUCAGAUGUAGCGCUCACUACUCUCUGAUGGCCUUGUUAACCCCUUCCCUGAGGAGGAAGUGGGAGAGGGUGUGAAUAAAACUGGAAGAAGAAGAGAGAGGCUGGAUGAAGAUUAAGGAUGGGUUUGGUAAAAAAAAAAAAAAAAGGUGGAAAAUGGUGAGUUUGGAGAAAAAGAUGGAGCCACCUUUCUGGUAUUUACAGACAGAAAGGAUUAAGAUCCAGCCAAAGAAGGCAGCUCCCUGUGGGGCCCACAGCCACCAUAAACUGCCCCCAGGAUCUGCCUAAUGGAAGCAGCCGCCCCAGGUGGACACUGCUUUAAUUUGUAAUUAGCGGACUGCACCAUUUCCCCUGAUGAGUGGGGGGGACCGAGUGUUUGGUGGGUUGUCACAGACUCAUUAAGCGCUGUGUACAUGUCAAGACCCAAGCAGCCAUUUUCUCCCACUCACAGCCCCACUUGACAGCUGAAGAUGUGAACAGUUAACAAUCCUGUGGAGCAGCUAAUUUGGUUUAUGCGCUUAUGGAGCAGAUCAGCAGAGAUGUUGGUUCGGUGGUUGUUGGGCUUUAGGCGGGGCUUUUGUGUGAAACAAUCAAAGUGUUCUUGUUUCCUUUUGUCUUUUUGGAAAGAGAACUGGGAAAAAAAACUUUCAUUUAAAAUAUCUUGAAAAGAUCUAGACACUCUGAUGAUUAAUCCAAAGUUUAGAUCUACUUUGUUCAAUUAUAUAUGAAAGAUUAAGCUCGAUUUUUACUGUAUCUGCUCUACUGGAGUUAGUCCUCACUAUCUUGGAAGAUAAGCACUCCUUGUAAAUUGAAACCGCUCUCUAACUUAGAGCCAUGGAGAUUUUCUUUUAUAUCCUUAAUCAAAAAUAUAUGAGAUUCUCAACCGUGCAAAAAUAUAAAAUUGCUGCUGUAUUUCUCCUGAGAAGACCAAUCCUCUCCUUCUCUAACCGCUGUAGUAAUAAGCUCAUUCCCAGCGGAUCGGCUGCAUAAAAAAGACAAAUGGGCCUGAUUGAAUUUCCACAGCAGGAUGUGUCCCAACACUAGCGUCAGUUCAAAGACUCUUUGUGAGGUUCAGGUGCUUCCAUCAAACUGAGACGAGACGAAAUGAUCAGACAUCGACAACACCGCUUUAAUGCUUCCACUCCUCCCUCUUUACCCUUGCAGGCUGGUUUCAACCAGUCAGCUCUGCUCCUCUUGUCUUGACCACAGACACACGCCAGCAAACUGCACUUCCUUCCUCUUUCAAUCCAUCAGCCAGAAAGCACAGGUCAUCAAUAACUACUGUACAACCCCUGUAAGGCCCCCCUCCCCACCCCCUCUUCCUGAACCUCAUGCAUCCAUGACUCCUGGUUUCAUCCGUCCCUGAUGCUCUCUCCCCUCUCAAACCCAUUUCCUCUAUUCUGCUCUCUUUCUCUAUUUUUCUCCCACUCUCUCUGCGUCUCCUGGGAUCUUAAAUUCUGCAUCUGCACACUGCACCACACCUCUGUUUCCUACUCUACUUCCUUUAUGUCUUCCUUCUUGUCGACUUUCUCCUUCUCUCUUAAAGGCCCGCACUCAACCGCAAGACCUUAACCAAAGAGCUGGGGCAUUGUAACAUAUGAGAAAUACUGUUUACAAGGCUAUGAGCAAGCUGCCCAGUGUUUUGUAGUGUUUCUUGCCCCUUUGGGUGCCAUAACAGAGUAGCAGUAUUGGCUUGGCAUCUGUGUUUGGUGCAUACUGGCACUUAACAGCACGGCCACCUGGCAACAGCAGAAUUGGCUAUUAAAGGAAACAUUACAGCGCCCAGAUGAUCAAGGGCAGGUUCAGUCAUUUAAUGGAGAAGAGAUGGGCUGGUGGCAACACCCUGAACUGUACCCAGGGUCUGUCUAAGAAGAUCUAUGUCUGGGGUUGUAAAAGAAGGUCAAAUUUGAUCAUUAGGUACAUCUACAGGUGGAUAAAUGAAAUGAAAUGGCUUAAGAUGAUAUGUUUAUUGUAAUAGAUAGAUAUUUAGUUAUCGUGAUAUAAAAGCAAUCAAAAGUCACAUCCAGCAAGAUGUUUUUGAUGGAAAAUGACUUAAAAUACUUUCUUUUUUUAUCAAAAUAACAAUAGAAAUUGCUAUUUUAAGAAAAUGUUACUGUCAUUGCAGCGAUUUUGUUCCAUCCGCUGCAAAGUGAGGUAUAAAAAAAAUCGGUCCCUGCCAAAUUUGUUUGAGAAAGUGUUUAAACGGCCCAGAAUCUACAGCCAAACCAGAAUGAGCUGUCAUUAGUUAUAUAAAAAAAAAGUGAUGAGCAGAUCACAAGCUGAUGCUGCAGCAUCACCAGCGGAUUGAUGUCACCUCUUCCUUUAAGAGCAGCGGUCAUCUGAACCAGGAAUGGGAGUGUGCUGCAUUGAUCGAUGGGAGUGGGUGAUAAAUCAGGAUGAAUAAUGAGGCCAGGAGGGCUGUGAGCGUUACGCACAUGAUGCAGACUGUUACCAAAGUAGUGAUGCGUAUGAUAAGUUGAAAAAUAUGCAUCCAUUUGUCAUUCUUGCAGAUGGGUUGUAUGCUAAUUUCCUGAGAGGGCUUGUGUUUCUGUACACAAAGGAAUUGAUUUUAGGGAGCAGGCUGAGUGACCACACCUUGUUGGAUGUGACACGGGUGCAUGAUAAGGAUCAGGAAGAGGGCUUAAAGGCCCAGCACACACAGGAGUACUCCAAGUGAAUAUAUGCAAGGAUUAUUAUACCAACAUACAGCAGUAAAUAUUUAUUGAUCCAUAAAACUUUAGAAUUAAACUCCACGUGGGACUCUAAAAUAUUAAAAGCCGACAUGAACUCAAUGAACCUGCAGUGUGCUGACAGGCCGACUGCUCACUCCCUCCUGAGUGUCUGCUCCCUGCCUGUGCCGUUCUCCCUGUCCACAGCUCACAUCAAGGAGGAGAAGAGGAGGAGGAAAGGGAGGAGGAGGAAGAGGGGAAUAAAUAUAACAGUCAGGGUUUAGUAGCUAUGUGUCCCUCAGUGCAGACGCUAGACACCUUACUGCUGUCUGUCUGCACGGCUCUCCAUCCAUCAAAUGUGUAGUUGAGCAGAAAACAAAUAUUAUCUCCCCGACUGGACUCGCACACACCCUCACAAGACUUAUCGGCAUGUGUGCACACACCUCGAAGCCUACACCCUUUCUUUGAUGUUACAUAAAAGUAUAUUGAUUAAGCCUGCAGGUCAAGUUGGCCCAGAUGCCCAAAAUAAUGCUCAAAUAAUCAAAUCCACUCAAAUAUGUGAUAUUAUGAAUGUAUGAAGGCAUGCAACCUGCCAUAACAUCCCCUCUUAAAUGGUUUCUCUCCAUAUUUCAACCAGCGCAGACGGAUUUUGCAGUUCUGGCAUCAUACUGACCCACAUAUACAGCCUGUAACCUUUCUAAUAGAAUUGGAGUCUGAUCUUCCAUUUUCACAGCCAGUUGUAAAUCCUCCCCAUGUCUGCAAAAUGAUGCAUUUUUCUUUUCCCUAGUCUCACUCCCAUUCAUGCCUUCAGCGGUCACAGCACAAAAUUUGGAAGAGCAGGCUUUAAAACCACAGCAACACACAGGAUGGCCCAGUUUUCAUAAGGAGAUUUGUCAUGGUGAAAUUUUUCACACCCUACAGAAAGAAAGAGAGAAACAGAGGAGCAGAGAGAAAGAGAGAGAGAAGGAGAGAGAGAGAGUAGCUGGCUCGCUUUGAAGGGACCGGAGAUGUUGGGUGGGGUCGCUGGCGCUGCAUUAUGCUGCACGGCUCUGAGUCAGGCAAUAAGGGGGCAGGUGCGGCAUGCAGACAUCGUCCAAACAAACGUACUGCUGCGUUUUGGCAAAUAGUAACAAAACCCAAACAUUUCCACCUUUUUCACAACCAACUGAAUGAUCAUCUUGCUCUAAAAUGCCUCAAAUCAUCCAUCACUGAAAAGCCAAAUUGAAUCCCAAUCGGGGUCUUUUUGAUCGGUACUAAUGAGGCUCCAAGAUCAGUCAAAAAAUACACAAAUGCGCUUUCACCUCGUGCAAAAACACACGGAAAAUCUCGAAAUGUUGCAUCAACUCACGCAACUUAAUCUCACUAAAGUGACUUGCAGAGGAGUUUGGCCGCUCCCUCUCACCACCCUCAGCAUCCUUUUGUGCCAUGGGUGUCGCCUCAGCCUCUCAGCAUCCUCAAAAGCAGAGAAACCAUGGCUGGAUUGACGAAAAUAUAUGUAUAUACAAAGUGAAAAACUCACCGAUAGCGGUCUUGGCCAUGUCUGCACGGUGGUGUCGGGGUGGGUUGUCCGGAGGAGAGUGCGUCGGUAGCUGGGUGCUGUUUCUCGGGGUGAAGGGACUGCUGGUAAGGCACUGAGUCAGCAGAGACGGGGGCUGCCGGUGCGCCUGGUGGUCUGUUAUGAGCUCGGUCGAGUCAGCGGCACUUAACUAGAUGAGAACCGGAAGCGCACUGACAAACACUUUCAGAAUAAAAGUCACAUAUAUCCUCAGAUUCAUACGAUAUUGAGAUAUUGCAAACACAUCAUCUAUAUACGACCAAUGAAUCUUAUAGCUGAUUCAACUGGUGAGGUGAUGUGGGUUUAUCUCUCUGUAUUCCUUCCCAGCCCAGCAGCGGCCUGAAGGCUGUCUAGCAUGAGUCUGGUCUUACCCAAGGUUUCUGCCUGUUGAAAGGAAGUUCUUCCUUGCCACUGUCACUCGUUUUAGAUGAGAUGGGCCAAAUCCCAUCUUAGGUUGGGUCUUGAUAAUUCAUCAAACAUUGAGCGUGGUCUAGACCUGCUCUUUUUCUUUGGAAAGCGUCUUGGGAUGACGACUGUUGUGAAUUGGCGCUAUAUAAGUAAGAUUUGAUUGAUUGAUUGUUGACAAAUGCAGCUGCAGCAAUGAUCAUUACCACAGAAGAGAAACCGUGAAACUCAAGGGUCUGUAAGCUUUUAAUAACUUUGAGUGUCUAAAUGCAAGAAAUUCUUCUGUUGUGGACUAUUAGUAAGUUAAAUGUGCGUUGGGCUGUGGGAUAUAGAGAUAUUGCCAACAAAUCAUUUAUAUAUGACCAAUUAUUCUUAUAGAUGAUUCAGGGUUUUGUCAUUUUCCACAAAAGGAAGAUAAAACUCUUACCAAAGUAAAACUAAAGGAAAACUACUACAGCUUUUUGUUCCCUGACCGACCUAAACGAAUAAAACAUGUAGCUAAUCUAAUGAGAACAUUAUCUUUAUCUUUUUAAUCAACUCAAAUUUCUUUUAUACAUUUUUAAAACUCAUUUUAUAGCCUUUAAAAUUAACCAUGCUCACAAGGUGUAUGAGUUUCUGUUUUAAGGUUGUUUUUAUUGUAUAGUUAAUAUUCAUGGUAGCCUACUUUUCCAGAGAAAACAUUGGCUUAACUUACAGUUAUGCCUUUUAUAUACAUAGGAGUUGUAUUCUGUCGAGUAAGUUUUUCUUUGUUUCCCCAACAAGUAGGACUGGGUGAUAAAACAAUAAUGAUAAAUAUCGAUAAUCAAUUUCCCUCAAUAUCGAUGUGGUCAGUAUCCUUUUUGAUAGCCGGCAUUCUGCCAUGUUUUGGUCGACUACAUGGAUAGCCAAUGAAAAACAACUGCGUAGUAGCUGGCUGCAACAACACUGGUGCGAAAACAUUGGUGGUGUGGAGAUAUUUUGGUUUCUUGAGGUUAGAGCAGAGUCGAGAACAUGUUAAAUUUCAUGUAAGAGUAACAGGGAACAUUUAAGAUUGACAAGUGAUUUUUUUAUAUCAUGAUACAUGUCGAUAUUGACUGAUAUGAAAAAGAUAUGUCAUGAUAAACCUUUUCCCAUAUCGCCCAGCCCUACCAACAAGUGAAAAAAGCCAUUGAUUCAACCAAGUGCAUCAUCUCCCCUACAUUGGUUUAAAAUGCACUACAUUAAUAUUGAAAUGAAAGACAGGAAGUCCUAGCAUUCAAUAUAACUGACUUGACACUAGGCCAGUAAUGAGCGUUGAUGUUCCUCCUUCAGCAUAUUGGCUACUUUACUCUCUUGACGCGCCUCUUAACCAAAGGCCUGACGAAUCCACUGUCCCCUCAUAAGGGAGAGUUCAGGCCCUCAUCAGCGUGGGUGUUUCCCUCUUUGUUCCUGUGCUGAUUAGCUCUCUCUGUCCAUGGUGCUGAAAUGGAGAAUGACUCUGGGAUUGUUUUAAGAAUUUCUAAGACACUCUUUUCUCUUGACAUUGUCACCAAAUUUAGGAUUGAGGAAUUUAUUUCCAAAAUAAGCCUUGUAUGUUGAUGUGAUUUAUAGGGACUCAGGAUGCAGUAGGUUUACAAGCAGCUGCAAACCCAUAUCUUCUUUGAUGGCAACCUUAGCAUGGAGUACCAAAUAUAGGUUAAUCCAUACUCAAAAUCAGCUUUCCAUAUCAUACCAGGUAGGCUACUGGGUACUACCUCUUUACUGCAAGAAGCACUGAUGAUCAAACCAUAACCAUAAAAGUACAUGGAUGGAGUAGGUCAAAGAAUAAACAGUAGAUGGCAGCAGAUCUCAAGUUAAACAGAAUGUGAUGACAAUGAACAGUUUUUUUCUUCACAAACACAUAGGAUAUGAGAUUGUUUUCCACAAUGAACCCUUCAUAUUAAUUACGUCCUCUUUCAUACAGUUUGAUGCAGCCGUGAAAGCUGUCUUAACUGUUUUCACCCACUUCUGACUCCACUCAUUGGCAUACUUUUAAGCACCACCACAGUUCAAACCCACUCACCACAAUGUUUCUUAUCAGAGAGCAUGUGUUUGUAGAGCCAUGGUAAAGCAGAACUGUUGCUGCUGUUGUUUGAGACCAAACACAAAUAUAGAGAGUGCGAUGUUGUGGAUGGUCACUGAUUAACCAAAGCUAGCUUUAACUGUUGUUUACAGUGGCUAUGCUGUCUUUGUGGGGCCUACAAUAAACACUGAAGUAGCUCUGUAUUAGGGACAGUGACUGCAGAGAUGGUUAAUAGAAUGUAGUCUGACCAAAUACCAAAAUAGAUAUUUAACCUUAGAACACCCGACCAAACAUGUUUACGGGAUUUUCAUUAUGUUGCGUUCGUCUAAGUAUCAUGGGUCCCUGGCUAGCUUCAACAUUGCCUCGAACAUCUUUGAAGGCAUAUUUGUUUCCCUGAUUGAAAACCUGUUUUUCCUACAGGCACGUGUUUGGGUGAUUUUCACCUAGCAAUAGUGAUAGAGGGUAAGUAGGUUUGGGUGGAUUUGAUAGCUGCAUGUAGGCGAAUAAGGUCAGUAAGAGUGAUCCUGGAAUUUGCAUGCUAUCUUUAUUUAGCACAGUGGUUAUAAAUAACUAUCACAAAGUAGUGAUUUUUAAGGGAAUUCAUAUGGUAAUGAGAAAUAUUUUUGUCAGCUGGUCAUUUUUACUCACUCAAAAUAUCCCAUAAUAUGCCAUAUUUUGCUUCUCUCUCCUGCAGCUGUAAUUGCGCCAAGAACCCUAAGUCUUCACCAGGGAAGACUCACAUGCCCCAGGAAUGGGUAGAAAAGAAACUAAGUUUACAUUUGAAUUUUUUGUUCAUGAAUGCCUAAUUUCUUUUUCUUUUCUUUUUUUUUUUUUUUUUGCUGCAUUUUUGUAUGGUAGCCUCAUGGCACUUUUUUUGUCCCUUUAGACAUUGCACAGUUCAAAAUAAAAGAAAACUACUUAAAUUUGUCAUGUAUUACUCUAUUUUAAUGUGUUUUGAUGACUAGUACUUUUCUUCGUAUAUUAUUUCAGGUAAAAAUCACCUGGCGAUAGUGAUGUUAUUACUAAUUUUAGUGACAGUGUUCUAGGGUUAAGAUGAAAGUAUAAAACAUAAAGCAUAUGAACUCAAUGUCAAGGAGAAGUAGCCCAUAUAAGGCCACUAGAUAUGAUAAAACAAUAUGAGUGGGAAGUUUGGGUAUCAAUAAAGCAGCAGCUUUUACAAGAAAUAAAUAACAAGACUGGAAUAAAUUUUAUCCAAUCAAAGUAAAAUAAACAAGUUGUGACGCACAAAAUAUAAACAGACACAGGUCUGUUAUUGCAUAUCAACCGUUGCCACGAAUAGCAGCCCACCUGUGUGACAUCAUCACUGUUCAAACGUCCAUCCACGCGUUAAACUACUGCCGCUUGCCUGAUUUUUACCGCGCCGUGACAAAUGGAAUCAGCAUUUUUAUCACUGCCUUCGUUAAAAAAGGUGACGUAGCCUUCUCGGUAUAAAUAGUCAUUUUUUUCUGCGGGUGACGCCGUGUUCCCCUCGGUUUGUCGGUAGGCGGUACCGGGGCCCUCCCGUAGGACUGACGAAGAUGAGGAUGAGGAGGGGCUAACCGCAGAUGUUUACCGCCUGUGGAUUUACCAAAGUUAGUCCCACAAACCAGAGACGCUUCAGAUGUGAAGCCUCAUGCCCCACUGGAGGAGAGGAAGCUUAACUAAGGUGACUGUUUUCUCUUAAAGUUUUAAUUAUUAAAACACGCCUAAUUACGCCCCGAGCUGUUAGGCGGUGAAACGGCGGAGCGGAACAAACACAUCUGACGGUUACCGUUUUACAUAUAAACCGACGAUUAUGUGUUACCGUCUGCCGUUAGCAUGUUCAUCUGUAGCAUCAUAUAUGUUAUAUCUGCUUGAGGCUCUGCUAGCUGUGUUAGCAGCACCGCAAACCCACCGAACAGCGAGUUUUACACGGAUACUGAUUGGGGAAAUGCCGGCACGAGAUAGUUCAUUAAUUAACACUCAGGCUGUGAUAGGCGGUUUAAUUGAUACUCCACUGUCCACCCUUUGGUUGGCACUAAGUGGGGGCUAACGACGCUAUCAAUCCAUGCGGCGCUAAUCAUGAUGUGGGACACGGGAGGAUGUUAACAUUACUGUGGGUCACGCUCUGGCUGAAUUAACAUAACUUUAAAGCUUUUUACUUAAAAGUCAAGAAGUCUCCAUCAACAAACGUCCUGUAACGAAGUUUGUGUCCACGUCUCCAUCCCGUCUGGUCUGCGCCCUGAUUGCUUCAUGAGGACUUUAAAAGUAGAAACUUAGGUCAUACAACAGUGAGGAAGCUGUGUCUAAACGUGUAGUUGCAUUGCUGGAAAAAGUAAAAAGAGUACUUUAUUCUGUUUUCUCUUAAUCACGGGGUUGAAUUAAGCUCCAUUCAGAGUUCAUGUGGUUGUAAGAGGUCAUUUCCUUCAAGUAAGUGUCUUUUUUUUCAGCCUGAACAGAGACACUUAACUGCAGCAGCCAUGUUGGCUUUAGAAGACAGACCAGAUGCUCUUGUAAUUUCAUUGCAGGGCUAAUAGGACACAUGGUGCUUGUCCCCCACCAGGCUCAUUGUUUUUUUAAGUGAUUGCAAUAGAAAAUUUGUUUCUAAUGGAAGUUUUAGUCAAAAAGAGGAUGUUAUACACAGCCUAGCAAUCAUAUUUUUGCCAAUUAAAUCAAAUCAGGCACCAAAAAGCAUAGUGUAAAUAUGCUUAGUACAAUAUGAUCCCCCCUAGGACUGGGGGAUAUAUUGAUAUUAGAAAUAUAUUGAUAUAUCGAGUAAUUUUAGUCUAAAAGAGGUCUAAUAGAUGUCUAAAUGUAGCCUAGAGGACUGGUCUAAAAUCAGGCCACCACGGGUCUAAAAAUGAAAGUUUUUCAGACGUCUAAAUUUAGACCAAGUUCAGACUAAAUCUCAAUCUGGGCUAUAUCUAUACUUCACUGUAUAUUAGGGCUGAAACGAUUACUCGAGUAACUCGAUUAAUAAAAUUCCUCGAGGCAAAUUAUAUGCCUCGAGGAAUCGUUUAAAUCCGGAACCAUGUGCAGCGCACGGUGUUUGACACGGACGGUUAUUUCUGUUGCGCAGCAGCGUGCUCUUUCCGCUCCUUCCGCUGCCGCGCGUUUCAUAGACAUAAUAAAAGGGUAGACCCCGCUGGGGGUGCUGCGCAGCGAGAAAUGCGGCCACCAUCUUGGUCAGGUCAAGCUUCCCAUACGCUCCGGUCAAUCAUAUUCAUUCAUUCAGCGAUGCCGGAGCACUGUGCGGCGUAUUCCUGUGCCAACAGGCGGACAGCAGAGAACAGGGCUCAAGAAAUAACUUUUCACAGUUAUGAUUAAACGUUUUUUAAACAUUACACUUGACUGUAGAGUCAUUUGUAGGCCAAAGAGGAAGACUAUCGGUCAACUCCAAAAAGGAAACAGCAUUUGCGAACAGCUAGCUUAUUCACAAUAAUAGCAACUUUGGUCGAUUAUCAACAGAUUUGCAUUAGAUUGAAAAACUUUUGUUUGAGAGAGGUUCUAAGAAACGUUAAGAAAUAAAAUAGAAAGAAAAAGGAAGAAAGUGAGCUCUGUUUUAUUAUCUGUUUUAUUAAAGAUUUCUUUGUGGUGAUCUCCUGUUUCAUUUUGAAGAUUUCCUAAGGACAAAAACUUGAGGAAGAAGUGGGAGAUUGCUGUUAGAGGGAGAAAUUCGCAGCAAGUGAUUCCUCUGUGCUGUGUAGCCAACAAGCAAAUUGAUAUGUAGUUUAGAUGCUGUCCUGUCAUGCUGUUCUUGUGUUUAAAUCUUUUUGAUAUGUAGGCUAUAUAUUUGUGUGUAUUUUCCAGUUAUUAAAAUAGUGCUUCUAUAUGACAUUAUUUGUGUGUGUCUACAAAUGGAUAAAUAAAAUUAAACAAUAUAAAAAAUUAUAAUCAAAUCAAUAUAUAUUGAAUUGGCCUAUUAAUACCGCCAGUUAUUAAUAAUUAUUGAGACAUAGCAGGAACCUAGCUCUAAACCUAAAUAUAUCCUUGAUUAAUUGUUAUACUAUAAUACAGCCACUGCUGCCAUGUUCUAAAAUAUCAUUUUAUUCAUUCUGAGUAUUUGAAAACGCCAAAAAAAAAAUAUGGCCUCUAUCAUGCCUCUUUGAAUGGCGUUUGCAGGGAAGAAAAUAACGUAGUAUUGAGCGAACUAUGAUUCAUUAAUGCGCUCAGACUUCAUUCCGCCGGUUAAACAGCGGUGCAGAGUGAGGCGGAUGACCGGACCAAGAUGGCGGCCGCAUUUCUCGACAGCGCCCAUUCGUGGUAGCGGCCGAUGCGGGGUCUAUCUUUUAUUAUGUCUACGGCGCGUUUGGUUCAAUCAUGGAGGGAAACGAGGACAGACAGAGAGAGGAAGAAAGAGAUGACACGCAGAGGAAACGGCAGAAAGUGUCUAAAGUGUGGGACCGUUACACACUGAAAAGGAAAGAAAACGCCGUGCAGUGCGUUUACUGUAAGGCGGAGUUGGCGUUUCACAACAGCACGUCGUCAAUGCUGCAGCACCUUAAAAGAAAACACCCGGUCCAUGCAUUAAGUCCGCUCUGAGGCAAACGUGAUUCAAUGCAAAGUAUUACAGUGAGAGCAAAACAUUUCUUAUCCGAUUACUCGAUUAAUCGACAGAUUAAUCGAUAGAGUACUCGAUUACUAAAAUAAUCGAUAGCUGCAGCCCUACUGUAUAUUGCUCAACAGCUAUCAUAAUUAUUUUGGUUUAGUACUUGGGGAUCAGAUAUGCAACUCACAGUUGCUUUUUGAAAUAAAUAGUUAUCUAAUAAUGGGUUAAAGUGAAAUGUCUAAAUUCUGUCUAAAAAUAUACAGAAUCUACAUGGUUGUCUGUCCUCUGAUGUCGACCUCAAGACAGCAGUAACUGUUUAUCAAAGUAAAAAAUAAAGAGGGGGAAAUGUUUACUGAAUUCAUAGUUUUGUGCGACUGGUUGAGACUGUUAAGAAGAUUAGAAAGACAGACAGGUAAUCUCAAAUUUUCUUUAACUGAGCACUUUAUUUUGUUCCGUCUUUAUACAUGUAAAUGCUGCCCUUACUAGGGUUUGUCAUAUUUAAUUCUUUUGUGGUGUUCGUUAUUUGCAUCUGUGGAUUUGUUAGAGAGGAGAAGAAAAUCAGUAAUUUGAUUUUAAUAGGCCAUUUAUAGUUGUCAAAAUAUUGACGCUUUUCUCAUAUAAAUACAUUUAUUUCAGAAAAAGAUUGAAAAAAAGAGAUAUAUUUUUCAUUUAAAUGUUUGGUCCAUAUCGCCCAGCCCUAAUUCCCUCUAAAAAUAGAGACUGUGUGGUAAAUUAUAAACAAAUUUUGAUGGUUUGCGAAUUGUUUUUGUCUUAAAUUAGUGCACUGUGGUGUGUAAAAACUUUCUCUUACCACUGUGUUGCAUCACCUCUUCUUUGGAGUGAGGUGCCAUCCCAUUUCUGCUGAUAGAGGAUUUAACUCGCUGAACAGGCCCAGAUCCCCUUUGCCAGAUUUUAUGUUUUAUGAUGCGCCAAAUGUUUUCAACGGGUGACAAGUUGGGACUGCAAGCAGGAGAGUCUGGUAUGUAGAGCCAUGCUGUUGUAACACAAGGAGAGAGUGGUGUGUUGCUGGCUUCUGAUCUGCAUGCUUAGAACAAGCCAGGUGGUCCUUCUCCUCUUUAGAGUGGAGGAUGCAUCAUUCAUGAUUUCCAAUAAAAAAAAUACAUAAAAGAAAAAAGCUAAAUUUGAGUCAUUAGACUACAGAGCAGUUUCAGUCCAUCUUAAAUGAACUUUGGUCUACAGAAGUCACCUGUGUUUCUGGGUCAUGUUAGUAGACGUCAUCUUUACAUGUUACAAUUUGAACCUGUCGUUGUGGAUGCAGCAUUGAACUGAGUUUACAUGCUGUGAUUUCCACCCGAGAGUCAUGUCUGUUUUUAAUGCAGCACUUCCUGAGAGCCUGAAGAUAACCACAGAUCUUUAAGUUUUUGCCUUGUUCCUUUUGUGCCGCGGUUUCUCCAGAGUACUCCUUAAAUCUUUAUUGAUUUGACAUGUUAAGGAUGACAAAAUUCUCAACUUCUUAGUAAUUUUACACUUAGGAACAUAACUCUGAUAUUAUUUAAUGAUUUGCCUACACAGUCUCUCACAAAGUGGUGAACCUCUGCCCACUUCCAUACCGAUACUGACCGCACUCUGAAGUGAUGCCCACAGCUGAAUAGAGCACUUUAAAUGAAGAUGUAGGGAAUAGUUACAACCCAAGGUACAGGAAAGGGAAUUUGCUUGCAACACGUUUGUUUUUUGAUUUACAGGACACAAGUUUGAGGAAUCAGAGGCACAGCAGAUUUGAUGGACAGGCAGGCACUCUGUAACCAUUUGUGAGAAGGCUAAUAAUUCUGUUUCAGAAACUGAUGGGUAAAAUCACGGACACUACAUUGAGUUAUUAUACAGUUUUUGGUCUAACUGCAAAGUUAGGUCUUAAUCCACUGACUGUCACAGAAGCAGGAAGUUGAUGUAACCAUGGCUACAUGCCAUACAAAUAAAAGGCAGUUUACAUAAAUAACCAUUCGGCAGACUCACGAAAGUCCCUCUGCGGUAGGAAGAAUAUUCCCUUGGUGGCGUUUCUGUUUGUGUACACAUCACAUUAAUAUUCAAUGGAAUUCAAAGCUUGUAGAUUUUAAUAUCUCUGAAGUUGUUUUAUUCCUAUCUUGGUAAAAGCAGUUUCUGUCUGUACAUAACUUUAAACUAUGCGGCGUCUGCUGUGACAGUUGAUAAAGGGUGUGAAAUCCGGUCAGUAAGCCAGCUGUUAGAGGGUCUGACAUCCCACUCUCACUCUGAAAAUACUCUGAAAAUUUGGCCGGCGGUCCAUGUGAUGGACCCUCAGAGCAAAGACUCAAGCAGAGGGAAGUGUGUUUUGAAAGGUUGUCGGUGUGGUUUUGGAGAGGCCCACUCAGUCUCUAAAUGCUCUCUUCAUACCCAGUCAUGGUUCUAACCUGUAAGAUUGCUUGACAGUAUAAUUACUCUGUAAAAAAAAAGAAAAGACAUAAAUAGGAGCAUCUGGAAAUCAGUAAGUGUUGUUUUGCACAACAUUUCCUGUGCGCCGAAAUGUUUCAGACACAUAGUCAGUGGAUUGGUUGUACUUAAAUGAACAUACUAUAGUAGGGAUCCUGAACACAGUGCUGAAAAAUGUGACUCCUGGAAUGUACAAAUUGCUCACUGUUAAUUUGUGCAGGAUUGUUCAAAGGCACCAUGUUCAUCUGGUUUUAAAGAAAAGACCCAUACUAGCGUUUCUGAUGUUAGAAGCCAGUCCCAUGAUCAGCUUGACCAUAAGAAAUGUUUCAAAAUGUCCCCUCACCGUGUUUACUUAGUGGAUUUAACAUUCUUCUCUUCAACGCCGAUUACCAGCCAGUCAAGCCGGUUUACAUGUAUAAUUAUUGAGUGAUUUACAGGAGGUUCAGGAUGCAAAGGCUUUUGGCUGUAUGCGCAGUACAAUCCCAUCUCUUAUUGGAGACUGUCUUGGAUUGGAGCCAACUGUUACAUCUUGUGUAAAGUUACGUUUUUAUUGUGUAAAAGUGAUUCAAAACUGUAGUAGCUGAAAUACUGAGUGACAGUUUUUUUUUCUUGCCACACAUGUUGUGUCAUUUGUCAGCAAGACUGAUGAUGGUCUCUGUGUUUUGGUUUCAAACAAGGAAGGAGCACAGGAGGUGGGUGGGUUCAUAGAGUGUUCACUCAUUCUGCAGAGCACAAUCGGCUUUUCAGGUAGAAAUAUAACCACCGUCUUAUUGUUCCUGAAGAAAGCCAGGUAAAGAUUUAAUUACAACCCGAUUACAGGUAGAGGUAAAACACAAUCCAUACAGCAAAACCCAUGCCUAAGAUCUUGUGUGUGAACACUAUGUAGAGUUAUAGUUCAAGUCAGUUCCUCUUGGUGUCUUUUUAUAGCAGGGUGUUUCAUGCAGUCUUAAAUAUCUUGUCAUCGUGUUUGUUCAGUGUUUUGAGGUGUCCGGACCGCUCCACCCUUUUUUUUCACAGCUGCUUCCCAGAAGGAUAACUUUGGUUAGUUGCGGUUAAAUUUGGACCCACACACUGCUGUGUGAAUCCAAGGCAUUCCUCUGAACAGCCUACAGGACAUUUAUUUACCUCGGGCCCUGGACAAAGCUGAGAAAAUACUUUUCAGACUCAAAACAAGUCUUGUUCAGAGAGUUUGAGCUGCUCUCCUCAGGUCGUAGAUACCGGUGCCACACCCUCAUUAAGAACCGGUCCAGGCAGUCAUUUGUACCACAGGUGAUCUUACAAUUAAAUAAACUAAAAUAACUUUGAGCAGCUUUUAUUUUUAGAUUCUGGUUCAGCUGCUCUGAGAACACAUAUUAACUAUUAAGACUAUUUAUUGGAAUACUUUCUAGAUAUAUUUAGAUUUUUUUAUCUGAGAAAAUAAAGUACAGUAGUAUUUUUAUAUUGUCUUUACUGAGUUGUUUGUUUUUAUGUGGGACAGUAUAUGAAUUUGUGUCUGGCUGUUGUCUUUGUGUAUGUUUUUUUCAACUCACUGCAAAUGAAUUUCCUCACGAGGACAAUAAUUUCAACCUAACCUAACCUGAAUACACUCCUUGUGAACUUGACUGUCAUGGUGCUUCAAGCAGGGCAUGUGCUUAUACUAGAAAAGUUUCUCAGUUAAAUAGAGCCUUAUGUUGUCUAGCUUGUUAAAUUUUCCUUUUGGCAUUCCUUUGAAUUGUUUGACUGUGACGACCCACAUAUUUCAGAUGAUCAUUUUGAUAAUCCAGUAUAGAAAAUAAAUGAAAGCGCUUCCUGAUAGCCUGUUUGCAAAGUAGGGGUGGGAGAAAUAAAAGACCCAGCAUAGUAUUGCAAUAUUUUGUCUGGUGAUAUAUAUCGUAUUGUCUCAUUUACCAAGUAUCGAUUUUUCAAAUUAAUUGCUAAUAUAAAGUCAAAUCUAUGACAAUGGAAAAAUAAAGUCAACUGGUUGUCGAGUGAGAUUGGUUAGAGCGGGAGAAAGCCAAAUGCUAAGAUAGCUAAACAGUUGAAAAAAUUGUAUAAAUCGCAAUAUAUUGUAUCGCAAUAUAUUGUAUUGCAAUACUCACUGUAUUGCAAUAAUAUCGUAUCGUGGCCCAAGUAUCGUGAUAAUAUCGUAUCGUGGGGCCACUAUUGAUUCCCACCUCUAUUGGAAAGGCAAGUAAAAUCUAUAGGUAGGCUACAUAAAUGCUAAUAUUCUAACUUAUUGAAAUCACCAGUUUCUCUCAGGAGAGCGAGGAGGAGUUACAUAGUAUGUUCAUGAACUCCUGUGAUUGCAUCAGCUCUAAACGGGGAUUGAGAAGCAGCGGAUUGAAAGUACUGCUUCAGGUCUUUUGAAAACCGUAACAUUGCUUGUUCUGUGCCGCUCAAUCUCAUAUGUAAAUCGACUCAUAAAUCUAAAAAGGCUUUCAGUUCCUCCAUUCACAACCAUCUGGUUCCUUUUUCACGUUUACCUGUAAGAUUUCUUUAGUCAAAUAUGGUCUUUUUGCUAGCUCUCUGACUAGUUUUUCCACUGUUCAAUAGCUCCACAGUUUUUCGUAAUUUGUAGGUAAUUACCUUAAAAGUUCUCUGCAGCUCUGAAACUAAAAGUUUUAUUGGCAGGUGUGAUAUGUCAGUCAUUUCAGCACACUGUAAUUUGCUCAAAGAAUCCAUUAGACUCUUUAGGUUUAAGUAUGCUAUCAGAUAGGUGCACAGUACAGUAUUAAAUGUAUUUAGGCUGUUCUGAAUAGAUUUCUUCUAAUAUUGUUCGAGAAUGAAUGAAUGAAAUGUGAGAAGCACCUUCAUGACAACUCCUUUCUCUGUUUUUCUCACAGAUCAACCCAAUGGAGGAUUAAUCCCAGGAUCCUACAAUGCCUGAGACCUGCACAUUCUUAGCCUUCCACUGACACUCCCACCUCCCUUUUUUAUUACCGGGGUCCCCACCCUGCUUCUCAUUUGUCCAGUAUUUAUCCUUUGACCCUAACUCAGCGCCUGGUGCUGCCAGGAAUCAGUCUGUCCUCAUUAUAGUUCCACAUCACUCCCCUGGUACCUCUCUCCGGUCGAGGCUGAGGGCUGUAAAUCCCUCAGAAUGGUUGCCGAGGCAGACUCUGCAUCUCAGUGUAGUGGCGUACGGCUGAAGCAGGAGAUCUCCCUCCUCCAUGGCGUCUGCCUUAUCGUAGGAAAUAUGAUAGGCUCUGGCAUCUUUGUGUCACCGAAGGUAAGAGUUGUUGCUUUGUUGGGCCAUAGUAGUUUUGUCUUCCUCUUUAAAUGACAGGACAUUAAACCAAGUCAAGCAAAGACACGGAUGCUCAGUCAAAGCUAAACAAAACCUGAUACCACUCUUUGUUAUUUUUGAUCUUGCAGGGCGUUCUUAUGUACACAGGCUCAUUUGGCCUGUCUCUUGUAGUGUGGGCCAUUGGAGGGAUAUUUUCUGUGUUUGGAGCGCUCUGUUAUGCUGAGUUAGGCACAACCAUCCGUAAAUCUGGAGCCUCCUACGCCUACAUCCUUGAGGCUUUUGGAGGGUUUUUAGCUUUUAUUCGGUAUGUAUUUAUCUUUCAUUUUUGAAUCAGUGGACACAAUUUUAAUAAUCAUUGAUCAUUUGUUGUUCAAUAUUUUUUAAAUGUUGUAUUCAAGGUUGAAGGUAAACCUAAUUAUCCUUGUGAAGGGUGAUUUGUUUGGCAGCCAACAGGAAGCUAACACUAUUAAAACCAUAAAAAACAAAAAAAGCAUUUCCCCAUACAAAGACAAGAGAUAACAACACAAUAGACAGUGGAGGGAGUCAAAGCCAGGUAGACCAUGACUCUGUGUAAUUGUGGUCUUUGAUCCCAUCACAGGUUGUGGACGUCAUUGCUGAUCGUGGAGCCAGCUUGCCAGGCAGUGAUAGCUCUGACCUUCUCCAACUACCUGGUCCAGCCUUUCUACCGCACCUGUUCAGCCCCCUAUGACGCUGUCCGCCUCAUCGCUGCCGCCAUCAUAUGUAAGGCUCACCCUCUGCAUGCAACACAUUUGUAUGCCCUGCUUGAACUCUUGGGUUUGUGUUUGUAUUAGCUGUGACCUGGGGCCUGUUCUACGAAGCAGGAUUACUGCUUAGCGAGGUAACUUUGAGGGUAAGUUCAGGGUUUCCUGUUCUACGACGCGGGUUCACUUCUUAGCAUGGCGAGUCUCCAUGGCAACGCUUAACGGCUAACCUGCUCCGGGGCAGGUUAGGUUCCAGAUUGAACUCACAGAGUAUAAAAAACCCCGCCCACUGACCGAUGAGCUCUCUCGAAAAAUGGCUUGUCCGUUCUUGGAGGAUCCUAUAGACCUCGGUGCUCGCAUUGUCCGAGGAGCACUCCGGCGCGUGAGAGUUUUCAGGGACCGCACGGACCCACUUACUUUUCCGGAUGACCACCUUUAUGAAAGGCCUACAUAUCACACAAAAAAUGUAAACACGAUAGGAAUGAACAAAUGAAUGAAUUCAUCUUGGAAAUGAAUGAGACAUGUCUGGCGCAUGUUAAAAGCACAUGGUAACUAAACUUGGUAACUGAAACGCUGGUAUCUCGGGUGUGACGUCAUUUUCAGCUCUGACAUCUGACUUCCGAGGUAACUCGAACAUAGCAUAAGUGUCAACGGUGAGAGUCACUGUACAGAUGAUGGGAUCUUCAAAUGUAAUUUUAAACUCCAGCAUCGUUUCAAAGGCUGAGAAGAACAAUAGUUUCAUUUCAUGUGUGUCUCUAGUUAGUACUAACUUUAUUUUUAUCACCAGGGUAGUGCCGAUGUUUACUGAAAGUGCUGAGCUUGCAUUAAAGGGCUUCUACUAUAAUUAAGUUAUUUGUCUAAAUAAAUGAAUUAUGUUUAUUUAUCGGAUUAUAUGUACCACAAAUAAUUAACCAUGUGUUAGUCUGCUUAUUUGUGCUUCCUCUUCAUUAAAGUCGGUGUCAAGAUCAGAUCAAUUGAAUCACAGCAAAUGUGUUCUGUUUUUAUACACAGAGGAUUAAGAAAAGGCUUUCUCCACUGAAACCCGCCCUGUGUAGGUUUUGUUGAAUGUUGCUGCUGUUUGCUCAAGCUAAACUUCUUCAAAGCUGUUCCUGUAAAGUAUUAGCAAACUGUCUAAGGAGGAGUGUAGAGGGAGCUCUUAACAAUAGCUGAGAGGGAAAGUCGUCAAUGACAAGCCACAUGUAUUUAAGGAGGCUGUGUUUGAACAGUUGGUGUGGAGUUGAUGUUAUCAGUCAUGUUACACUCAAAACCGAGCACACUCAGUUUAACCAGAUAACACACCGUCUGUGGCUUUUGCAAGUUUUCCAAACAUUAAUGCUAUUUGUGGUGUUAAUUCCACAAAAUUAAGAGUCAAUCAUGUGUCAAAAUGGGCAGUCACACACAGAUCGCUUUCAGUCUGGUGUGCUAAAGCUUUGUAAUCUCAAGAGAUAAAGGGUUGAGCUGAAAUAAAAAUACACCACAGAUAUAAUCUGUGCUUGUGUGACAGACUAGGGUCAUCAGAGCAGUCUGCCAGCUGGUUUAAAGGUGGAAAUCCUUUUGUGACUGAUCAGCAGUUUGUCCUCUGUGCACAUAUAUAAACCGUUUAAACCAGACUUUCUAGGUUUAUAAAUAAAUUCUCCCUGCCCCCAUCCCACCUCUACUAUUUCACUAUAUCAAAUGUACAGUGUAUUUUUGUAUAUCAAAGUCCUGUCCUGGAGUUCAUUACCCUUAAGAGCUAUUAUUCAUGUUGGAUAAAUUCAUCAAAGGGUUUUCCUGUCAGGAGUUUAUGUUUUUAGAUCUGCUGUGGUCAUGAUGUGGUCAAGAGUCAACUCUAACAGCUGUUUUCUCACUCUCUCCAUCAGGUUUGCUGACUUUUGUGAACUGUAUGAAAGUGAAAUGGGGCGCUAUUCUUCAGGUCAUCUCCACGGUGGCUAAAGUCCUGGCUCUGAUCGUCAUCAUCAUCACUGGCCUGGUGAAGCUGGGACAAGGUUGUCAUUAAAUGUCAUAGAAAUAGUCUCUUUCUAAACUAAAUCUAUUACAUUAAGUUAUCCAAGCGUCUUAAAUAGUUCCAGUGGAGGACUUCUAAAUUUAGCAUUUUUGCAGGGAAGUUUUCUAAUGAACUAAAAAAAAACGCAUCUGUAAAAUCCCGUAAAAUGGUUAUGCUGUGCUUGCUGAAUGGUGUAAAUAAUGCAGUUUGAGUUGAAUUUAGGAGUCUUGUUUGAAUUCUCAAUUUUUAUUACAUUUAAGAAUGUUUGGCAGUUUUCAUCAAUUAUUGUCAGGAUUAUUUCUUGUACUCAACUGAGUCUUACUGCUAAAAUACUCAAAGGCAUGCUUGUCUUGUAAAUGUCAAAAAUACAGAUAAAACACCAGGUAGGUUGUAUUUUAAGUACAUAGAAAAAAGCCUUUGAUGAUAAAACCAAGAGGAAAAAAAAAAAACUUCACAAUGACCUGUGUUGAUGUAACAACCCUGUGUUUGGGCAGGUUUUGACCAGAACUUUGAGGACUCAUUCAAAGGGUCCAAGCUGAACCCAGGAGACCUGGCUCUGGCCCUUUAUUCAGCCCUCUAUUCCUACUCCGGCUGGGACACACUCAACUUCAUCACAGAGGAGAUUAAAAACCCAGAGAGGUAUGAGGUUCGGUAUUUUAGAUGGAUAAAUAUUUAAUUCUGAUGACAUCCGUUUACUUACUGAUAUUACUGAAGCUUGUUAAGAGGUAAAACCAGUGCUACAUAAGUUCUGACUAAAUCAAGAAAUCUUCUAUCAUUGUAAAGUCUCUACUUCAUGCUUUAAAGCAACAUGUGAAUUCAGAGUUAUGUUGUCGUAAUCUAAGUGAGACUUUGAUCAUUCAGUCCACUUUUCUCAAUUUCCUUAUAGGAAUCUGCCUUUGUCCAUCGCUAUCUCCAUGCCAAUCGUGACGGUGAUUUACAUUUUGACCAACGUGGCUUAUUAUGUCGUCAUGGAUGCAGAUAAAGUGCUCACCAGUGAAGCCGUUGCCGUGGUGAGUCGAUCAGCCUCGCAGCAGCAGCAAGUUUCGAUCGCUCCCUCUUGUCGUCUGUCGUCAUCUCUCUCAGUCUGGCUGUCAGCCACAUGAACCGGUGUCUCCUUCAUUACUCGCCCUCUGUCAUCUCUGACUGGAGGAGUGGAGAUGAUGACAGGAACAUCAUUUAGUUAAAGAGGUUAGCGCCCCACACAGGAACAUCAGGAAGUUGAUGAUGCGAUUAGUGCAUUGGAGGAGGAAGAGUUGUACACAGGCAUGUUGACAAUGGUAUUUGCUAAUCUUUUUAGUGUAUUCAUUCAUAUGGUUCACUAAUCCGACAGGCUACAGGGCUUUCUGCUGUCUUAAUGACAUGACGGUGAGCUCUCCUGCUUUGUGACUUUGUCAUAUAUGAAACAGGUUUUUGAUUUUCAGUCGUGCCAAAAACAGUUGAAGUCAGACCUCUUCUGCUCCACACACACAAACCAAAAACUUUUCUUUACUUUUUUCUUUUUCUAGAAGUUGUUUGGUCUAUCAAAGUCUGGAGUUGGGAAAACAUCCUUUAGUCAAAACCCAGGUUAAUGUCCUCAAAUGUCUUACUGUAUUUGUCCACCACACAUGAUACUCAAUUUCCUGUUGUGGAGCUGCAUCUCCACAUUUAAAGUCCCACUUUAAAGUGGUCUUUAAAUUGUGAUUUAAGUUUUUAUCAAAAAUCGCGUUACCUGUGUUACUUUCAAGGGCUUUUCUUCUGCAGAGCUCCAGUAGCUCAUUAGCAAUUCACCUCUGAGUCGUAGGCAGAGACAGCGCUGCUCUGCACACUCGUCUUCACGUUAGCUUGCAGCCUAACAUUGCUGGUGUCGUAGAAGAAGCAGGUUACAUAGGAUUUAUUCAGCUCUUGGACACAAAUGUCUUUAGAGACAUGAUGAAAGCUAAUAUCAUAAUUAGCUUUCUUACGAGCAUCGCAAUAGGCUAAGGCACACGCUUGUUCUGCGAUCGUCCUUUAUAUGCAGAGUGUGGCCUGCAUAGCGGGGCUCCAGGGGCGGAGCUUGGAUUGGUUACAUAUGAAAUCUCACUUUAUCUGAACCUGCCGUUUGGGUCUGCCAGAGAUUCACAACGGUUUGAAUGAAUAAAUAAUCAGAAAAGCAAUUUCCCAUUUAGUUUUCUCACGAUAUGUCCUGUAGCAUCAGAAAAAUGCCAUAUGAACAUAUUUAAAAAAAAAACAAACACGAUUUUCAUCGGAGUGGGUCUGUAAGGGGCCAAAUUCAAAGAAUAAAUAAAGUGUUUAACUCUUGAAUUAGUUUACCAGAGUUGUAAUCGAGCCCUGACUCUGCAUCAUACUCUUACUUGUUGUGACCCUUCGAAGAAUGCCGAGCUUUUCCCAGCUACAGACUCAGGGCACUGCCAAAAUGUAAUGGCCUCCUUCCACUUUCUAAAUUGCAGAAGUAACUCUUGGGGAGGAUUACAGCUAAAGUUACAGGUCACACUGACCUCCUCAGCAAAUAUUAUCUCACACUCCAGAUGGCAGGAUGGCAGGUGGAGCUGUAAACCGAGUGGAAUUAGGAAGUUAAACAGAAAAGUGCACAUCUGUUUCAGUUGUGGGCGCACACACGUCUGUGCCUCUAGGUUGAGUCAUUGUGAUUUUAAGAUAAUGAACAGCUGAUCCUACUAUUGAAUAUAUGUGAGCUGUAAAGGCUCUGAUGAAUGUCUCCUCAGACAUUUGCAGAUGAGGUGCUGGACUGGGCUCGAUGGCUGAUUCCUCUGUCCGUUGCCAUUUCCUGCUACGGCGGUCUGAACUCCUCCAUCAUCGCCGCCUCCAGGUUCGUCAACACGAGCGCAUCCAGAGCAGCUCUGAUUAGCUCUCCGCAGCUCUGCUGUUUUGAGCCGUUACUCCACAAACAUCUAUAUUUGCCUGACAAAUUUGACAUUUUAAAACUAAAACUAUAAACAAACACUGACUUUUUUUUUUCUCCUGCAGGUUGUUUUUUGUCGGUUCAAGAGAAGGGCACCUGCCGAAUGUCCUGUGCAUGAUCCACAUCAAGCGUUUCACUCCGAUUCCAGCCCUGCUUUUCAAUGUGAGUAUUUUUAAAAUGAAACAGAAUAUCUCUGGAUUCCUGUGACCCUGACGUUUGUUUUACUUUCCGUCUCCUCUCUUUUUAGGGUGGCAUGUCUCUGUUCUACCUGUCUGUUCCUGAUGUAUUCCAGCUGAUCAACUACUUCAGUUUCAACUACUGGUUGUUCAUUGGACUGUCGAUAGCCAGCCUGAUCUACCUUCGCUUCAAAGCUCCAAAUAUGCACAGACCUGUGAAGGUAAAAGAUCGACACGGCUUCAGCACACAUGUUCAUGAGUCACAGGGACAGCCUUCCAGGCACAUGAGUGGUAUGAAACCUGCAGAGACACGAAACAUGAUUUUAACCGUCAACUGUAGUGUUAUGGAUCUGGGAAAUUAGGACCCCUGAAACUUUGAACACAAGUUUUAAAGGAGAAAUCACAGGUCUCAAAACAUUUCUUACUUUCAAGUUUGAUUAAAAAAGAAGCCAAAAUUAUUUUCAGAAAAUGGUAAUGCUCCUUCUAACCGCUAAAGCCAAGAAAAGUACAAAUUUAGAGUAUUUUCCCCCCUUGUUCUCGUCCUGUCUCAGAGAUGGAUCCUGGCUAAACACGGCUACUCUUGAACUGACGCUGACUUCCUUUUCAAACCUCAACGUCAGCAUAUUUCUCAUAACGUCAUCCGUUGAUUUAAAGUCUCAGUAGAAGUGUAAAAAAGGCUGCUUUUGUCCUCUUCAAAACUGAAGUCAAAUACACACCAUGUCGCCCACACUCUUUCAAACGUUUGUGUAUGUUUACCCAUAAGCAGCCCCCUCCUGACUGCCCUAAGCUACGACUCUGGUCAUGAGUUAUGACCUUGUUUAAAGCCUCUGUCGUUGACUCGAUUCUCUUACUGUUAAAACGAGUAUAUGCCCUGCAAACUGGCCGAGCAACUUAAGGGCUAAUAGAGCCACAAUCAAAUAAUCAGGAUUAUGUUUUGGUUUAAUUUAAUUCGGUAAUACUUUUACCUCUUGAUUCAAUUUUUUUUUACUUCACUUCUCUUCCUUUUUUUUUCUUUUCCCUUUCUCCUCUCCACCUUUCCCCUGCAGCUGUCUCUGUUCUUCCCCAUCGUCUACUGCCUGUGCAGCGUGUUCCUGGUAGUGGUCCCCCUCUACAGUGACACCAUCAACUCUCUGGUGGGAAUUGCUGUGGCUCUGUCUGGUGUACCAGUCUACUUCAUUUGCAUCCAUCUGCCGCCCAGCUCGAGACCAGCCAUCCUCGGUCAAAUGCUUGGUAAGACGUUCGAGGCUCUUACUCUUUCGAGUGUUCAGAGGAGUAAUUCAAUCAUCAUAAAAGAUCCAGGGUGCCAACAUGUCAGUCUAUUAGAGGGUUAGACUUCAUAGAUCAUAACUCUUACCCUGAAUUUCCACCGCAUCCGAAACGGCUCUGACCCAUUCCUACCAGAUCUGUUUAUGAGGCAAAUUUCACAGCGGAUUAUGGACCGUGGGAAUCGCAAGUACUCAGAAGAACCCACGGAUUCACAUGCAACUGUGUGAUAAUGAGUUGUCUCUAUAGCCACAUAUAAGCCAUAUAAGCAGUAGAUUGAAUCCUUCCAGACGAGGAAAUCCACUUCUAGACUUAUAGAAUCAGCAUCUCCGCAUCCAAUGUGUCAUCGGGGUAAAAUGCUGUCUAAAAACCUUUUACUUCGUCCCCGCCCGUUUACAUGGUGUGAAAUAUGAUUCGCCUGAAACACAGAGUGUUUUAUUUUUAAAAGAAGUCGGAUAUUUUAUUUGGUGCCUAUGCCCGACUUCCUUUCCAGCACAGGUCAAUCUGUGCUGAAUUUAUCCGGCAUCCAGUAAAAAUAGAACUCCAGGAUCAGCCGCGGAGUCCGGCGAUCUGCAAUGGAACAGAAAGAAGCUGGUGGAAAUUGACACAUUAACUUGAAUGGUUACGAUCAGCGGAUACGACCGUUUCGUAGCCAUUCUGGAUGUGGUGAAAAUUUGAGGUUAGGCAGAUUUGUUCUCACUCAAACUGUCUUUGAAAUAAUUCUGAGAAGUUUACUUGAAUGUAUUAUUUUAAGUUGAAAAAUAACCCUUAAACAGUGAGUUUAACGGCACACUUUCCUUUAUCGCCUUACACUCACUUCUAAGUAAGCCAUUUACUGCAAUCAGUCAGCAUUUCCAAGUACACAACAUUUUAUCCAAGUCCCAGGACUUUUAAUAUACGGUAAUCUGUAAAUGAAUGUGUUUGUUAGGAAUAACUCCUGAAAGUAGCUUACCAGUUUUACAUUGCUGCCAUAGUAUAAGCAUUAAUACACCUCCUCUUAGUGUUUUUAAAGGCUUAAGUGUUAAGAUUAUUGUCUCAAAGUUCAGUGUACUUGAUUUUCACAUACUGUAAACAGUUCUCAAGUUCAAGUUUAAAAGUCUUUUCAUUCAGGAGUACCUCUUUCUUUUUCUGUUUACUUGACGCUGAGAUGUUUAAACUCAUAUCGCUUAAAGCUGUUUGUUCUGAGCUAACAUAAACAUCUGUUUCAGGCGAAGUUUAUUCUCUGAAACGGUCUCUUGUGUCUAACCCCUUUUCUGUUUCCCGCUCUCUGCAGAUAAGCUCUCUCUUUACACCCAGAAACUGUGCAUGUGUUGUGUCGCCUCGCCGGAUAUUGACCUGGACAAUAUAGACCCAGAGAAAAUGGAAUGAGGGAGCGACAAAAGACUCGUGUGAAAUGCUCCGCAGAGAGAUGGCAGAGGAAAACUGAACACAAAGGAAGCUUUGAGCUGCGUACAAUCAGGAUUUAUAUGAGUGGAGCUUGAUUGAUUUUGUAGGAGGAAUGAUGGGGAGAUAAGCUCAACACACUUCCUACUCCUCUUCAUCUCUCACACUUGAGCCAUAUGAAUGAAGGAGCGAGACUGAAACACGAGUCAGCCUCCUACAAACAUCAGCGUGUAAGUCAGCGUGGCUCAGACACCUUCACAUGCUGGUAACACAAUGUAGUUUUGGUCAUGCAUUUCCCUCCACUGCGGCCCACACACUGCAACUCCCUUCACACACAUAAGCUGACAGAAAGCCCCUGAGAUGAAACAACCUGAUCCAGAAGGAAUGGACCCCUUAACGACGCCUGCAGGGAUUAAGUCACAAGUAGCCAGUUAUUGCAGAAAACCGCGAGUAGAGUUUGAAUAUGUUUAUUGUAUGCAUCACAUGUGCUGUAUCACGUUCCACAUGUCCGAGCUCUGGGUUACUGUAGCUCAUGUUUGUGUUAAGACGAGCCUAGAUUGUUCAAACGCCUUUUUAGCCUCUUGUGACUUUCAGCAAAGGUUCUACAUGGAUGGGUCCGUGUCAAACAAACACUAGCUUCUCUUUGGAUGUUACCACAUGGCUCAAGUUCCUAAGAUAAUUCUGCUUUUAAUUAGCUAAAAUAGUCGUUUAUAGUUGGUAGAGGUACAAAAACUAACACAUUAAUUUUUAAAUCUGAUCACCUCAAACACCAAAGUGUUAUAAGCUACCAAAUGGGCUGUUUCUUGACCACAAGACCCUUUGGGGAGUUUUGUGGAGGUACUAAUUAACUACCAGAGCUGGUGAAAGUUGUGUAGGUAGAUCUGUGUGGGCAUCACAUUCACAGCCAGUGUACACAACCUUUUUUUUUUUUUGACUUGUGACUUCUGUAAACUGUUGUUAAUUUAAUUUAGGAUAUUAUCAGUUCAUGACAUAAACACUUGAGCGAUUUAAUCUGAUUUCUUACUGAACAGAAGGACCAAACAGACAGAUGUUAGUAGUGACGGUAUGGUUAAGAUGCAGGAAGAUAUUAUGCUCUUAAUUUUGCAGUUUUAUGAGGCUACAUGGGAUGUUGUCUGUAGACUUUUAAUGUAUUUUUUCAAGCUGUAAGCUAAAAGGAACACGAACAGAAAAGCCGUUACUAUGUGUCAUGCUGCUUUAGUUUCAGUAGUUCAUAAAUGUUUGUUGUUGCCUUCAAUGCAUCUUCAGGGCAUUUUUUUUUUGUUUGUUUGUUGUUGGUGCCUCCUGGUGGUAGCUCAAAUGAAUUUCCAAGGAUAUAAAGUACAAGGUCAUUAUUUGGGAGUCCAACAGUGCGUCAGCUUAAACCGUGUGGUUUUGUUCUUUUUCACAUGUACAAACACAAACUGGUGGGAGGUUUGUGACAGAACUACAAGUACCUCUAAACUGUGCUCAAGUGCAGUACUUGACUACAGUCUAUAGAUACGAAGAUCACUAGUACAUCGUUGCCUUUCACCACUGAUGGUUGUAGUAACACUCUAGCUGUAACAGAUAUUCACACAGCACAAGAAUUUAUGUUUUAUGUAAAACCUUUAAGUUUAAACACAUGCUAUUUUUUCCAACAUACUCAAAUGUCUAGUAUUUUUCUGAACAGGCUCUUUGUAGAUCCAAACCUCAGGAUCAAUCUCGUUGAUAAUAUUUAUUAUUUUCUGUCUUUUGUCAGUGGAGCUAGUGUCAGUGAUUGGCUGUUUAAUGUGAUGUUGCUUCUUGAAUAUAUCACAAACUGAAAAACAUGUUUAGAUGAUGCAGAACCAAAGGUCUGUCUCAGUGUUCAGUGAGUGUGAAGCGAAAUGUCUGCUUUCUGUUGAGAACAUUAUGGCUGAAAUAUGUUGAACUACAGGUUGAACCAGUCCGACUUUUGUGUUUGCAUCGUACUGUAGUCUUUACAAACUGUAUGUGCCUUCUGUGAGCGUGUUCUACCUGACUUUCUGUCUGUUUUAAGGAAUUGUGACGUGCCUUUCUGUGUAUACUGUCAAGAGCACAAGUAAAUUACUCUUUGCUGCAAGUUUUGUCGUAGGGUUUGCCAAAUAUAUUCAGGUCUAUUUAAAACUCUUUAAAACCAGUUAAACCGAUAAAGCAGCUUCAUGUUCUGUUGUACAGGUCACUUUAAAAUAUCAAGUCUUUAGAUGAAACCACAUCUAGUGGCUCGAUAAAAGCACUUGCACAAUACCAGCCAAUGAGAUAUUUGUUAAAUGUUGGUUUCUCUGGGGGUUGAAGUGGCCAUCUAACUAGUCCUUCUUUUAUGUGUGUUUUAAAAAAAACACCUCGCCUGUAAUAAUGGAACAUUUUCAAUGUUUGUUCACAUAUGAAGCCGUUAUAUACUCAGAAAACUUGAAUGUUGCAGUAGAUUUCGCACCGGGUACCAAACGUGUUGUUUUUUUUUCUUUGUCUUGUUUUGCGUAUUUGUCAAAUUGUGUUUUUAAGUGACGAUUAUGUUUUUAUUUAUCAUGUUUAGGACAAACAAAGUUGCAAGAUUUCUUUUUUUUCUUUUUUUCACCGUUAUUCUAAUAAAGGCCAUUGCAGAAAGUGCUUAUCUGUUUUUUUUUUUUGACUGAAUACUUACAGUAGACCUUGUAAAAACUUUGACUGGCAUCACUUCACCCUGAAGGCGGUCUCAGUACUUGGAUAGCACCUGAAGUUAGGUCACCUGUUAUUAAGUUUUAGGUUCUUUUUUAAGUUGUUUUUUAAGAAUAAUUCUACAAUC